AUUCACAUGAUGUGGUUCCGAAUAGAGGAUUGCCUACCGGAUAUUGAAAGACUGAUUCGAAUCGAAGCUAGUGGAGGAGCUGUCUUAUUUGGUGGUGGAGCACAUACAGCACCCGCGAAGGAGAUGACUAAAAAAGAGAUUGAAGAAAAAGCUCGACAUCUCAUUCUCAAGUACAGUCAAGACUACGUGAAAGAUUCUGCAAGGUAUCGCCUCGUAUUCCCUAAUAGACCCGCGUUAGGCGUGAGUGAUUAUACCCCCAAACACUGCCCGAAGCAGCUCUGCUUGUGUCAGUACAUCGAUAAGAAUCACUUUAACCGUCCGCAGAAGAAGUGGUACUCGCAUUUUGUAUAG